AUGUCGUUCCACACUUCCGAAAGACUCUCGGAGAUAUCUGGUCAUAUAAAGAGCUCGAUCCGGCCGCACACUGAAGGUUCAGAAAAACCCGACACAAUGACUGCUCAGAUUGCCGAUCAGUUGCCCUGGAACCCGAAUAAUGCAAGCUUCCCUUCGCGGAAGAACCUCCCCAAACUACCCGGUGCCCCUGAAGAUGCUGCUUGGGUGUGGGGGAAAGAUGAUCAGUUGGGCAGAUUGAAUCUUCUCACGCCGCAGAGAGUCAAGGCUUCCGCCGCUGAAAUUGAAACCGGCGAGAUGCUACGGUUAGACCUUCCUCUUACGGUGCCCGAAACACCAGCUUUCGACCGUGAGGUCUUCCAACAUAACAUCAAACCGCUCAUCGAGGGCAUUGCGUAUGAUGACACAUACACAAUGAAUACACAGAGUGGAACACAGUGGGAUGGAUUCCGACAUGUUGGCCACAUCGGCAGCAAGCGCUUUUACAACGGGGCCACAAGUGCCGACUUUGUAGGUGACGCUCCAAACCACCGCUGCAGCAUCCACUACUGGGCAGUUCACGGGAUUGCCGGUCGUGGAAUCCUUUUGGACUACUAUCACUAUGCUCAAAGCCAUAACAAGGCCUAUGACCCCUACACAACCCACAGCAUCGGCCUUUCCGAGUUGCAAGCCUGCGCAACCUUCCAGGGUAUCGAUCUCCGUCCUGAAUCCGAAGGUGGAGACAUUCGCGUCGGAGACAUCCUCCUCGUACGUUCUGGCUUCGUCGAGAAAUACGGCGAGCUUAGCCCCGAGCAGCGCCAUGCGGCUGCAACGCGGUCCCACGAUGACCUGUGCUUUGCGGGACUAGCACGGGAGCCUGCAAUUCGUGAUUGGUUGCAUGAUUGUUACUUCGCAGCUGUUGCGGGUGAUUCCCCAACCUUUGAGGCAUGGCCUGUUCCCGAGAUGGAUCAUUUGCAUCAGAGCUUGCUGGCGCUUUGGGGGUGUCCUAUUGGAGAAAUGUGGGAUUUGGAGAAGCUUGCUGUUAAGUGUCGUGCGAGAGGCAAGUGGACAUUCUUUAUGACGAGUGCUCCGGCUAACAUGCCUGGUGGUGUUGGAUCGCAUGCGAAUGCCACUGCUAUAUUAUGA